AUGACUUGCGAACAGUGCAGAUUGCAGGAACGUAGGGACGUUUAUUACGCGCAUAAAAUUUUGUUCUUUUGCGGCAAAUUGCACAUUAUACGGCCGCCGUCACCUCUUGACCACUCAGACGCAAAUGAAAUAACGCGACGAGAAGCCGAAAAGCAGGAAAACCUAGCAAAUGAAUUAUUUGGCAUGGCUCGACUGAUGAAGCAAACAUACACAACAGCAGGCGCCGUUAUUAAAGAGGACAAUGCUACACUGUCGCGACUACAACAAGCAGCAGAUAGCCAUAAGGGAAGUCUGCUACGCGAAAGCAAACGUCUUGAAGAAUACGCAUAUCGAUCCUGGUGUGAUUUAUUAUAUAUCAUUGGUAUUUGUGCGAUUAUUAUGUCGUUUAUUUCUAUGGUGCUUGUGAUGAGGGUUUUCACAAAAAAAUAUUAA